GAUGCGUCUAAACGAGCAUUGCCACUUCCUGCUUCACUUGCAUCACGACGAUGCCUUUGAGUAAACAUAGGGAUAAUCGUUCUAUUAGGCAUUUGCGUUACAAGCGCCAUUCGUAAUUUAAAAGAAGGGCCGAUGAUAGGGUCAGAUUCUAGACAGUACAAAAUCAAAUCUUUACUGAAUGAGGAUCCUACAGUUGAUUUUACAGACGUGCCUUCGAGCAGAGCUGCACCUGUGCAGGUGCUUUGCACUGAGCAAAGCAUGAUUUUGCUCAUCAGCGCGGACCUUCACUCAAACGGACGUCUUGUCACUUCUGAAGAGUUGAGCCUCGGUUGGUCAACCGAGAGCUGCAAAGCCUAUCAGUACUCUGAUACUGAAUACGUGAUUAAAGCAGAUUUGCACCAGUGUGGCUCGGAGUUAUUGAUUGAAGGAGAUCAUCUGGUUUAUUCAAACCAGUUGAUCUACACCCCAAUGCAGAACAGCUUCGGUAUUGUAAGGACAAGCAGUAUUUCUAUUCCUAUUGAAUGUCAUCACAAGAGGAUUCACUUUGUAAGCAGUACUGAUGUGAAGCCUUCCUGGGAGCCAUUUACAUCUACUAAAUCAGCAGUGGAAUUGAUCAGUUUUUCCUUUCGUCUUAUGAAUGAUGAUUGGAGGACUAAAAGGUCAUCCUAUGUGUACCACCUUGGGGAAGUGAUGAAUAUCCAGGCUUCCUUCUUAAUGGCUGGGCAUUCUCCUUUGAGAAUAGUAAUGGAAAAUUGUGUGGUCACUCUGGAGCCUAAUGCUGCAUCAGUGCCCCGCUACAUGUUCAGUCAGAACCACGGAUGUCUUAUUGACUCUAAAGUGCCAGACUCCAGCGCCCGUUUCAUGCCCAGAAAACAAAAUCAUGUGCUUCAGAUGCAGAUGGAUGCUUUCCGUUUCCAUGAAGACCAACGGAACACUAUCUAUAUUACAUGCCAGUUGAAAAUUGUUGAUCUGGAGGUGAAUAUCGUGAACAAGGCCUGUACCUAUUCUGUAAACAGGUGGCUUAGUGUGGAUGGUUGGGAUGAGGUUUGUGAAUGCUGUGAGAAUACUUGUGAUGCCAUAAACAAACUGGCAAAUGGAGUAGACUACCAAAGUGGUCAGUCAGUAGAGAUACAACAGAAUCCAACACUGUGAUGCUUGGUCCCAUAACAGUUCUUGGCUAAAUUCUUGUGCAAUUCAUGAAAAAUAAAAACUAUUGUUUGUCAAUCUAUUUGCAUUGUUUUAAAAAGAUUUAACCACUUAAUUUGGAGAUGUGUUCUGCACAAAUGUCUACCACUGUCUCAAUUAGGCCUCUGGUCCAGUUAUAAUUUGGGCUGGUUUGGAUG